CCUCGAAGACAUCCGUUAUAUUUAAUUGAGUGAUGACAGCGAAGUUGAUCAACGCAGUAGUUAUAUAAAUAGAGAUUAUCCCUUUGAGUGCUAUGGGCGCACAUAUGCAUCCAGCGAAAGCUAUCGAUAUAGACUAUGGAUGCAAAUACGUGCCUGGCAAAAAUGAUCAGUGUACUAUGGUCAAAUGUAUAUGUUCGGUAAUUGUUUCUAUUGCGCGAAAAAGUAUUCAGUCCCCGGCGAUCAUCAGCACCAGUCGCGCGCCGUCUGUACGGACUGCAUAGGCCACGAGCAUUCAGCACUCAAAGGGGAACUACAUUACAAGAAGUUAUCAUUAUGCAGAUUUUUGUAAAAACACUUGCAGGGAAAACUAUCACUCUUAAGAUAGAAGGAUCUAAUACUAUUGAAAAUGUCAAGGCUAAAAUUCAAGAUAAAGAAGGAAUUCCACCUGACCAACAACGAUUGAUUUUCGCUGGCAAACAAUUAGGAGAUGGCAGGACUUUGACAGAUUACAAUAUUCAGAAAGAAUCUACUUUGCAUUUGGUUUUGCGUUUACGAGGAGGAGCAAAGAAACGUAAGAAGAAAAAUUACUCAACGCCUAAAAAAAUCAAGCAUAAGAAAAAGAAAGUCAAGCUUGGUGUGCUAAAAUUUCACAAAGUUGACGAGAAUGGAAAGAUCCAUCGGUUAAGACGAGAAUGUCCUAUGGAGCAAUGUGGUGCUGGCGUUUUCAUGGCAGCAAUGGAAAACCGCCAUUAUUGUGGUAAAUGCAGAUACACGCUUGUAUUUAAUAAACCAGAAGAUAAAUAAAUGAUAAAUAUAUAUAAACACUGUAUGUGAUUAAAGAAUCUAUUUGUAAAUACUUGGCGAAUAUUAAGUUUUAAUUUAGUUUUUAUCUUAUUUCCUAACAUAUUCGUGUUAUAAAUACUAUAUAAUAAAACUUUCAUUGAU